CGCCUUACGUAGCCUCUCUUAUUACAUGCAGCAUGCCUAUAAAAACACCCCUCUUCUCAGUCUUCACCACCCACCUCUCUUAUCUACUCAUGGACUCCACCAAUAUUAUGCUUGCCAAAGAUACCACCUGGUGCUUCUUCGCACUUCCCGUCUUUCUUGACCCGUUUGUUCUGUUGUAUCUUUUCGUGACCUUGAUCGCUGUCUCAGUUUUUGCUUGGGCCUUUUCGUCGGCCGGUGGGGCCUGGAGAAAUGGGCGGAACCUAUUGGGCUCCGUGCCAAUCCCGGGCCUCAAAGGCCUUCCUGUUGUGGGGAGCAUGUUGGGUCUGAGCCAGGGCUUGCCUCACCGCUCUCUGGCUUCGAUAGCUUCACUUGGGUCUGGGCUCCACAAGCAGCUCAUGGCGUUCAGCCUGGGUUCGACUCCUCUGGUGGUCACUUGUGAUCCUGUUAUUGCGCGAGAGAUUCUCACUUCGCCUCACUUCGCGGACCGUCCUGUUAAGCAAUCCGCGAAGGCUCUCUUGUUCACGCGAACCAUUGGGUUCUCCCCCAACGGCGCUUACUGGCGCGGCCUCAGGAGGAUUGCGUCCACGCAUCUUUUCGCUCCUCGUCGCAUUGCGGCCCAUGAGGCCGGGCGACAGCUGGACUCGGCUGCUCUGCUGCGUGGCAUAGCAGCCGAGCAAGCGACUAGGGGAGUGGUGACUUUGAGGAGGCACCUGCAAGAUGCAGCGUUGAGUAAUAUUAUGGGGAGUGUUUUCGGGACAAGGCUGGGCAGGGAGAAUAAUAACAAGGAUAUGAAUGAGCUGAGAGAAAUGGUUGCGGAAGGGUUUGAACUGCUGGGCGCGUUCAACUGGUGCGACUAUCUGCCCUGGCUUAGCUAUGUGUAUGAUCCGCAUCACAUAGUCCAGCGAUGCGAGACUCUUGUGCCCCGAGUCAAAGAGUUUGUCGGAAAACUUAUUCAGCAACAUAAACUUAACAAGUCCAGUGAUGGUGCGGAUGAUAAUGCUGAUUUUGUUGAUGUUCUGUUGUCACUGGACGGCGAGGACAAGCUCAACGACGACGACUUGGCCGCCGUAUCUUGGGAAAUGAUUUUCAGAGGGACCGAUACAACCGCUUUGUUGACCGAAUGGGUGAUGGCCGAGUUGGUAUUGCACCCGGAUAUCCAACUUAAACUAUACAGCCAGAUUUACGACGUCGUCGGCAACAAAGACGUCACGGAUGCUGACGUGGCGAAGCUCCCCUAUCUCCAGGCUGUAGUGAAAGAGACUCUCCGUAUCCACCCACCCGGCCCACUACUCUCAUGGGCCAGGCUGUCCACCUCGGACGUCCAGUUGAGUAAUGGCAUGGUGAUCCCCGCAAACACAACUGCAUUGGUGAACAUGUGGGCCAUCACUCAUGACUCAGCACUGUGGGAGGCCCCGCUGGAGUUCAAGCCAGAAAGGUUCACAGGAGACGGUGACGUGGACGUGCGAGGUGGGGACCUCAGGUUAGCCCCGUUUGGAGCGGGUCGUCGGGUUUGCCCGGGCAAGAAUCUGGGCCUGGUCACGGUGAAUAUGUGGGUGGCCAAGUUGGUGCAGAAGUACAAGUGGGUCCAGGAAGUGACUCAGAAUCCAGUUGACUUGACUGAAGUGUUGAAGCUAUCUUGUGAAAUGAAGACCCCACUUUGUGCUGUAGCCGUCUCAAGGAACCUCGUUGACUAAGCUCUAAGUAUAUAUGUCACGGUUAUAUAAACACCAUAAUUAUAUAAGCUACUGAAGCUGAACCGCAAUUGUUAGCUACUAUAAUAUCUGUAGUUACGUAUCUAUAUGCAUUACGUACUAAAUCCUUGAAUGUUGUAUCCAUAUAUUGUAAUGUUGAUGUGAAAUAUAAUCCAAAGUCUCUGCUUUAGCGAA